AAAUUUCCCACAGAAACUUAUCUAGAUCUAAUCUACACAGAGACACACUCACACGUAUCUGAAUGAUCCGCAUGAAAGACUACACAGGUUACCUGCCCGAGAAGCCAUUUUGUACAGAAUCCUGUUACUGCUUAAAAUUCAUUUUCGUUUUCUCUGACCACUUCCACAAGCUGUGCUUAUUUUAUUGUUUUAACUAUUUAUUAAUUUAGAAAUUGAAGAAAGGAGAACGAAGCCGAUUGUUGAGUGUAUAAAGUACGCAAACUAAUACAGUGACACAUUGUCCAAAGCACACUAGAUUGAAUCUGGAUCGGCUGUUCUUUCCUUGCAGCAUUGGUACCUUCGAUCCAUUCGGAAGCCUACACAUCCACCUUACCACAGAAUGGCGGAACAAGCUAAGAAAGAGAUGAAACACAUCCUCGACCUGUCGAAAGCGGAACGGCGCCUGUUCCUCCACUCCUUCGAUACGCUCAUGUCCGACUGUGACGGAGUGCUGUGGAACUUUACCGGCCCCAUUCCGGGCGUGGACAAAGCGCUGCAGCUGCUGCGGACCGACGGCAAGAAGCUGGCCUUCAUCUCCAACAACGGUAUGCGCACGAUGGAGGAGUACCAGAAGAAGUUCCACUCGCUCGGCAUCGACGCACUGGAGGAGGAGAUCGUCCAUCCGGCGUUGACGACGGUGCACUAUCUGAAGUCGAUCCGGAUGCGCGACGCGGUCUACUGCAUCGGGACGGAAGUGUUUAAGGACUAUCUGCGCAAGGCCGGCUUCAAAGUGCUGGACGGGCCCAAGGAACGGUUCCCGGAUAGCCGCGAGGCAAAUCAGGUGCGCGUGUACAGCGAUUACUUUGAGCAGCACGGCCCGAAGGUCGGUGCCGUGGUGAUCGAUAUCGACGUCAACCUGUCGCUACAGCACCUGAUGAAGGCAAAGUGCUACCUGGAGCGGGAUCCUAACUGUGUGUUCAUUGCCGGCGCGACCGACUACAUCAUACCGCUCGAUUCCAGCAUGGACGUGAUAGGGCCGGGCUACUUUAUCGACAUACUCGAGCGCACUACCGGCCGGAAGGCACUCAUCCUGGGCAAACCGGGCAAGGCGCUGGCGCAGGUAGUGCUCGAGCAGUUCCAAAUUACCGAACCGAAGCGCGUCCUGUUUGUUGGUGAUAUGAUGCCACAGGACAUGGGUUUCGGGACAGAGUGCGGCUUCCAGAAGCUGCUCAUGCUGAGCGGUGGCACACCGAAGGACGCCCUGCACGCCCAAACCGAUCCGAACCAGCUGCCCAACUAUUACGCCGACAGCUUUGCCGACUUUAUCGAGCUGUACAAUGAAACCAUGCACGUCGAGGAAUAGAAGGCGAGCGGUCUUUGACCCAUUCUAUCGGGCAAAUCAC